AUGGUUCUUUAAAUCUUAAAGUAGAUUCUUUCUAUUUUGAAGGGACAAACUUAAAUGCAAACUCCAUCAUUCCUUCUAAAAAAGGAACAAUAUUUUAUGUUGCUACUAAAUAGUAAGGCAAUUAUUAUGCUAGAUUUAAUAAUUUUAUUGCCAAAAACUUAAAAUCUACUGGAUUCGGAGGUCUUGCUUACAUAUCUACUGCUAACUUAAUACUCUUAAAUUCUUAAUUCAAAAAUAUUUAUUCAGAUUAAAGCGGAGGAGUAUUUUUUACAAAUACUCCUAACAUAAGCAUUAGAAAUACUACAUUUGAUCAAAAUUAGGCUAAAUAUUUUGGUGGAGCAAUCUACUUUUAAAAUAAUUAUCAAUACCAACUAAAUCUUGAUUUCCAAGAACUAAGUUUCUCAAAUGGGAAAGCUUCUUUUGGUGGUGCUAUUGCUGGUCCAAAAAUUUUUAAAAAUAUUCCCAAUAUAAAUUAUUUUAAUAAUUUUGCUUCUUUAUGUGGAAAUAAUUUCUCAGAAGAUAUAUAAAGCAUAAAAAUAAAAUAAAUAAAUUGGAUUAACAAUGAAUUUAAAGACUCUACGUUUGGAAAUAUCACUAUUUAAAAUAAUCCUCUUUAGUAUAACAUAAAAGACAUGUAAUAUUAAAAGCAGCUUGUUUUUAUUGAGCAAGCUUAUCCUAAUUAUUCAUAUCAAAUAACCUUUAAUUUCAUAAUAGAUAAUACAGAAAUUAAAAUACCUGCUGAUUUUGAUACCUCUAUCCUAAAUUUUUCUAAAUAUAUCCAACUUUUUAAUAGUAAUAACAAAAACAUUGACGUUAAUAAUAAGUAUAAUAGUACUUCAUUUUAUUUUCUAAUUAGCUUUCCAUCUCUUGCAUAAUAUCCCUAAUAAGUUUUCUAAUCUCUUACUUUUAACAAUUUCUAUCUUGAAUUAAUGA